ACAAGAUGAUACCAAGAAUCCAGAUGGGACUGAAACGAUGCUUCCAGGCGCAUCCAAAAGGAAUGUUUUCUUCGUUGGGCAACAUUUUUUGCAGAAAUCAAAGUGAUGAGUGUGAGGUGAACUGGACACGAAUUCCGACACGACGACAACAGUUGAGUUCACUUAGGCAGGAGGACUUCGAUGUGUUGGUGAUCGGAGGAGGCGCCAUUGGCUGCGGCUGUGCCUUGGAGGCAGCAACAAGAGGUCUCAAGACGGCGCUGAUUGAGGCAGGAGACUUUGGGAAUGGGGCAAGUUGCAAGUCAAGCAAACUUGUGGAAGGUGGCAGCUCGUAUCUUCAGGCUGCAAUUCAAGGGGCAGAUCUACAGCAGAUCUACAUGUUGCAACAGGUGCUGACCGAACGUGCCACAAUGCUGAGGAUCGCGCCCCAUCUGAAUCGAGUGCAGCCAAUGCUGAUGCCCAUCUACAGCCCGUUGCGACUGCCAUUCUAUUGGCUGGGCCUAAAGGUCUACGACGCCAUGGCCGGCAUGGCCAAUGUGCGUGCCUCUCACUUUCUGUCCCAGGAGGAUACCCUCAAUGAGUUCCCUCUGCUGCGUCGUCAGGGGCUUCUCGGCUCGUUGGUGUACUACGACGGGCAGAUGGACGAUGCUCGUAUGUGUCUGGCGUUGGCCAUGACAGCUGCUAAAAAUAAUGCAACAGUGGCGAACUAUGUUAAGUUGCAGAAACUUAUGCCGCCUGAGGACAAUCAAGGCUGCAGGAAAGCUGUAGUCGAAGAUACGCUAACCAAAUCCCCAUUUAUGAUCAGCAGUCGGUGUCUGAUCAAUGCGACUGGUGCGGGAACGGAUGUGGUGAGAAAACUGGAUGACUGCAAAGUCAAUUCCAUAGCUCUGCCCAAAGUGGGCACCCACAUCGCCCUGCCCGGUCACUUUGGUUCGUCCCACUGUGGUCUACUCUUUCCCAGCCAACAGUUGGGGGAGGAAACUAUGUUCAUGCUUCCCUUUGAAAAUCGUGUCCUUGUUGGAAGUGUCUAUGUUGAGCCGGAAGAGUCCAAGUGCUUUACAACAGCCCCAAAGAUCGAACAGAUCGAUUGUCUGCUAGCACAAACGAGGGAGGUCUUAGAUGAUUGCGCUCUUCUUCGGCCGGAUCAUGUGCUCAGCGCCUGGACGGGUGUAAUGCCCUCCAUAAUGUGCCCCACAUCCAAUCGUAAUGAGGGCGAGGAGUCCGACAUAGAGCUGGUGCCCAACUUCCUCAUCGAGGUGAGCGGCAACCAGAUGAUUACCUUGGCAGGAGGACGUUGGAGCUCCUACCGUGUAAUGGCCUCCGAUGCCAUCGAUGCGGCCAUUGAGCAUUGCUGUCUGGAGCCACAAAUUGAUGUGAGUUCCACGCAGAAUUUGUUGCUCGAUGGAGCCGAAGAUUAUUACAGCAUGUUGCCCCUGGAUUUGGUACAGCACUACGAUCUGCCCAUGGAUGUGGCACAACAUCUGUCCGAAUCCUAUGGCUGCAAUGCCUUUCAGCUGCUCAUGAAGACCACGCAAUGUGAUAGACAAAGACUGCAUCCCCAUUUCCCCUACAUCAAAGCCGAAGUGGACUAUGCCUGCCGAAGGGAGUACGCCUGUCAACUGGUCGAUGUGAUUGCUCGUCGUCUACGUGUGGCUUUUGUGGAUGCCUCGGCGGCUUACCAGAUGCUGCCCACCGUGCUGGAGAUCAUGUCCAAGCCCCUCGCCUGGGAUGAGCAUGCACAAGAGCUACAGCUUAAGGCUGCCAAGCAGUUCCUCAUGCAGCAAAUGGGUCUCGGCUCUGUUGUAAAGUACAACCCGCUUUUUACGGACCAAAAGGAAGACAUCAAGGCAUCCAAAAGUCAAGAGAGUGUUGCAAAGUCCGACUCUAACUCCCGUGAAUACAGAAGAACCUUAACAAAAGCCAGCACAAGUACUGACAUUGGAAGCAACAACCAGACGGACAUUGCCUAUCAUCCCAUCACAGCAAUCGCAGAUACUGUUGAGGAAACGAGGGCAAACACCACUGAGACUUCAGAGAUUACAACUUCUGGACCUGUGUAUCGAAAUAACAUGGAUCCCAAACGAGUGGUUGUUCCUGUCCUUAAUAAUACUAUCACAUCACUAUCCGAUGAGAUGCAACCCUUCAGUGGUAGUACCUCUGAUAUGAUGAAUAGUCGUCACCCUGAUUCUCUAGCUGGUCGUAUCUCACGAUUCCAAAGUAGGGAUAGAGCUCCAUUGAAAACCUCAAGUCUUAAGUGCGAAGCUCAGCCAACAAGACAGAAUGAUCUGGACCAAACCAUGGGAACUACCGGAAAAAUAGAUAAACUAAAUAGUAUCAAACCCAUUAACAACAAAGCUGGAGUAACUCACCAACAACAAACUGUCGACACGGUUUCUAAUGACAACCCUGGCUAUUUUUCUAGCUCCCAAGCUGCCCAGUCAUACAAAGUGAGUGAUAAUGAAAUUCCAGUUGCCAAAAAGAAGACCACAGUGACAAACCAAGCAGUUAAUAAUAAUACUCUGCCGGGUGGUCCCAGUCUCUCCAAAACUGUUGGCAAUAUCAGUACUCCAAACCAGCAUCCAAAACAUACAAGUAGCAGUACGAGUAUCUACAAAACAGGACUUGGCAAUGGUCUGGUAGUGUGGGAGUGGUGGCCAGAGGUGGCAGUAAAACAGCGAGUAAGAUCCAAGGACUGGCACAUUGGGCCAAAACGAUAA